UCCAGUCCCUCCGUCUAAUUGUAACCUCCUUCCGCAUCGCACCGGACGCAUCGCAACGACCACGCGAAACGUCCGCGUUUCCUGCGUCCUCGACCGACCUCCUUGUCGACUGACCUCCUCUGGUUGCCUUCUGUGGCCAACAGCCACAGAAAUUACUGUGAUUACCAGGAUAUACGAGGGGCUACGGCAACCUUCGAACGGACUACCGAUGCCGUGGAGCGCUUCUGCCGCACGAUCGACCUCCACCGACACCAGAUUCCCUCGAUACUCGAAGGAUCUGUAACGGCAGCUUCUCCUUCGUAACAAUCUUGAACCAAUUUCGCAGCGAUCCGUCGUGAAAACAUGAUCAUUGACCGGUGUGCUCGAAACGCUCGUUCGCAGUUAGUCCGUGAGCUCCUCUGACUCGACAUUUAAAUGUCACUUUGUGCAUGGUGCGCCGCGGUAUCGUCGGUCGAUUAAAAGACAGAGGUUUCGUGUAACCAUAGUGCACAGACUCGUUGAUAUAUAUUUUUAUAUCUGUCGCAACAUAGUUUGUCAAGACUGAAGGUGUUUCAAACAUGAAUUGCGCGUAUCAGUAUUCGCAUCCUGCUCAUCCGCAGAACGUCAUGACCAUACCGCCGACGGCUGUUCAACAACCUCAACAUUCCACGGAUACGGAAUAUCUAGAGGAUCAUCCAGGUUUACGAGGUACACCGUUGGCGAUGCUCGCGGCUCAGUGCAACAAAUUGAGCAGCAAGAGUCCACCGCCUUUGGCCGACGCGGCGGUGGGCAAAGGUUUCCACCCGUGGAAGAAGAGUCCGCAGAGCAGUGGCAGCUCGCCGCAGCACUCCGCUGGAAGCGGUGGCGGCGGAGGCGGAGGAGGUGGGGGAGGGGGAGGGGGAGGGGGUGGAGGAGGAGGUGGAUGCACAACGACCGGAGUCAGUCAAAGACCGGCGGCGACGAGCAGCGCCGGCAGCACGACCGGCGGCUACGCGAGAGCGCCGGUGACUUCCUGCGCGUCGACCGCGCCUCAAUACGGCAGCGACCUGUACUUUCCUGGAACAGCGAGCGCCCAACCGGCCGGCGAUCCGCAUCAUCAUCAGAGCAGCCUGCUCGGAAAGGUCGAGGGAGCGACCUUGGGCUCGGUGUACGGCCGACAUCCGUACGAGUCGUGGCCGUUCAACGCGAUGCCGGGCGCGACACACGGCGGUAUCAAAGCGAGCGACGGUUGGUGGGACGUUCACGGGGCCGCGACAGCCGGCGGAUGGCUGGACGUCGGCAGCACGGUCGGCGUCGGUGUGCAUGCCGCGCAAAUGGCCAACUACUCGGCCGACUACUCGACGAGCCUAGCGCUCGCGGGCAAUCAUUUGCUGACCACCGCGACCACCGCCGGUCACAAUCUCCUUCAAGACACGUACAAAUCGAUGUUGCCGGGAGGCCCGCCCGGGUUCGGGCUUCACCAUCACGCGGCCGCGACGGCGAGCGCGAGCGCCGGUGCCGGUAGCCCUCAGGGGAGCGGCGGCGGCGUCGGCGUUGGGGCAGGCGGCGUUAGCCAAGCCCCGUCGCCGCGCUCCCAAAGACGCUACACCGGACGUGCGACCUGCGACUGUCCGAAUUGUCAAGAAGCCGAGAGACUCGGUCCGGCCGGCGUACAUCUCAGGAAGAAGAACAUCCAUAGCUGUCACAUACCCGGCUGCGGUAAGGUCUACGGGAAAACGUCGCAUCUGAAGGCCCACUUACGGUGGCACACUGCGGCACCUUCGAACCCACACCGGCGAAAAGAGAUUCGCCUGCCCGGUCUGCAACAAGCGGUUCAUGCGCAGCGACCAUCUCGCGAAGCACGUCAAGACCCACAGCAGCAGCAGCAGCAGCAGCAGCUCGGUGCCGCCGCAGCCGCAGCCGCCGCCGCCGCCGCAGCAGCAGCAGCAGCAGCCACCGCAGCAACNNCAUCCCAGACCACCACCACCACCAGUCUCGGCCAUCAGCCGACAACGCCCAUGACCCCAAUACAGAUGACCCCUCCACCUCUGACCCCACACCAUCCCCACCACCCGCAUCUCCCUCCUCUAAUGCACCAUCCGCAUCAUCACGCAACCUCCGUCCCGGCGGCGGCCCACCACCCGCACGCGGGGAUGAGCAUGCACUGA